CAUGAAUCGACCAAGACCAUAUCCAAAGACACUGAUGCCUCUUCUAACGCUGGGUCGCAAUGUUCACACGUGCAUUGGACAUUUUGUUCUCUUUGCCUUCUUUCCCAUUUCCCUCCAUUUUCCUCGAAGCUUCGCCUUCGUUUCCUCCCUUUUAAAACUUCACCUCUUCGAACCAGUUACGCUGAAGAGAAGUUGAAGUUGUAAUUAUCGACACUCCGGUAGAGAUCAUUAACGCCUAGAUACGCCGUAUAUACUUUAUUCUCCUUGCCUCGUGGAAGAAACAGAUUGAGAAGAUAAUUAUUAUAAUAAUAGUAUUUCAAGCUUUUGUUUUUUUCUCUCUCAUUUUCAUAGGACAGUUGUAAUAUGUUUUGUUUUUCCAUUCCAAGUGCGAACAUUAUCGUUGGUAACUACAACGAGAAGGAAUUGCUUUUAUCCAAAUCGUCCUCUCUCUCUCUCUCUCUCUCCCUCUUCCUCUCUCUUCCUAGAGGUGCAAAGAGUACGUCGAACUAUUUCGCGCUGCUCACAGGAUUAAGCGUAUUCCAAAGUCCUUAACGAGCUAACGUUCCGGGGUUCCGCGAAAUAAAUUAAUUUCGCAGCCGAUUCGGUGCAACGGUGCUCUCCAAAACGAACGGUCGAACUUCCGCCGCAUUGUGGUCGAGUUAGGAAAGAGGGAGGUGGGAGGGAGGAAGUGAGAAAGAGAGAGAUAGAUAGAUAGAUAGAUAGAUAGAUAGAGAAAGAGGGAGAGAGAGAGAGGAAAAGAGAGAGAGAGAGAAAGAGAGAGAGAGAGAGAGAGAGAGAUAUUAGUAGAGAGAGCAGCGCUUAGCUCGAAGCGCUUAGAGGAAUGUGCCGAAUUAUGCAGUACCUAUGACUACGAUAUGCGAUGGUCUCUCAGACGGAAUAUGAAAAAUUGCUUGACGUUGAAGUCAUUUGUUAUUCCGUACAAAGCCGAUUGCCAGUGAUUAUUAAUUACGAUUGUAAAGGGGCCUUUUGACCGAGCGAAUAUCCAUGUCGUUUUGCUUCUACGUACAAUAAAGCUCGAGCGAUAAUAAUCAUUAUUAUUACUCUUACUGAGAGGCCGCUUCGAAGCUACAUAGCUUCUUUAAUGAUGUUUCUACUUUGUACACCUAAGUACGUUUAAUCUGUGGUACAUAAAAAAGAUCAUUAACGCGAUAAUUGUCGUUAUUAUUAAUAUACUACCGGUAGUACAAUACUUAUCACACGUCUAUCCAAAUCCAGUCGAACAGACGUACGUAGUAUCAGGAAAUCGGUGAACGAUCAAAGUUGCACAGUUAGAUAUCUUUGCCGAGGUCAAAUCUAUGAGAAGCAUUGGAGUUCAGAGAACUCGAAACGCCCACGCAUAAAAUCGACACGAAUAUCUUUAUGGUGAUCGCAGCUUUACAAUGCGACAACGGUCGACGAAAAUACCGUUUCUCAAAUACUCCUUCGAUCCACGUAAGUGAUAGAAAGAAGCAUACAUGGAAGCAAAAGCAGAAGAAUGAAAGAUAAACCGAAGAUGAGGAAAAAUAAGAGACAGAAGAAAAAGAAGAAGAAGAAGAAGAAGAAGAAGAAGAAGAAGAAGAAAAGAAUACGAGCAAAGAAAAAGCGCGAGCGAAGUCAAGAAAAAGAAAGAAAAGAAAAAGAGGUUUUGAGGUUGGGUGAGACGGUCUUUUCAUUAAUGUUCCCGUUAGAUAAAAUUUAGUCCGAUGAUCGUGCCAAAGUGAGAGAUACAAAGAAGGAAAGAGGAAUUCGACAAUGAGCGACGACACGCAAGUUUCGUGAUCGACGAAUGAGAGUAGAGGGAGACAGAAGAGGGACGGUAGGAGAAGUAUCGAGAGAGAGGGAGAGAGAGAGAGAGAGAGAGAGAGAGAAAAAGAGGGGGAAGGAGAGACAAGAGAAAGGAGGGAAAAAGAAGGAAAGAGGAACACGAUGUUUCGAAUGGUGUCGCGAUCGAAUUGUGCGUACCGUUCUGUCCUCCUUAGGUAGUGGCGGCUGGAGUACUCGGGCCCCUUCGAUACCCUCCCGAGAGCUCGUCCGGACCCCCUCCGGGCCCCAGUGGACCCCACCGGAUCCCUCCGGAGGCCCCAAUCCCCCUUCCCCCGUAACCGCGUGAACGCGCGCGCGCGCGCGCGCAAGACCCAACAGACGUCUUCAGUCCGCUCGAGGAGGAAGAGGAGCCCGAGCGAACACGGCCAGGUGUAUCCGACACGCAGUGUGCCUAAGAGCCGCCAGCCGGUCGACAUCGUUAUACCCUCUUGCUCGUAGCUCGCUCGUAGUUCACCCGUAGCUCGCUUCUUGUACCCCGGCAAGGAAGCCGCAACGUCUCGCGAAGAACGUAUAUUACCAUUGCAAAUCGUCGACCCUCGUGUCGGGCCGCAAGUCAACCGAUUUCGAAGUGGUUGGACACGCGUACGCGAUAAAUAAAUACUCUCUGCGUUCCUGGCUGGCUACUGCCAACUACGUUGGUAGCUGUCCCAUUUCAGAACAGAACGCGUUGCCCCCUUUCUACAUAUUUUUUUUAUUUUUAACGUCGUCUUCGUCGCCGUUGUUGCUGUUGUUAUUCUCCUGCUGCUGUUGCUGUUGCUACUGCUCUUGCUGCUGCUGUUGCUGUUACCUACUACUAUUACUACUACUACCAACAUUACUACUUCUGUUGUUACCAUCGCGCUCCAGCAUUCGCAGUGUGCGCGUUUUACCGUUUCUCCAUUGUGUGUAAUCGCGCGAGCGCCAGCGCGCACAUUCUCCUUCCAACGUGUUAUACGACCUCCUCUUCCUCCUCCUCCUCCUCUGCAUCUUCUUCUUCUUCUUCUUCUUCUUCUUCUUCUUCUUCUUCUUCUUCUUCUUCUUCUUCUCGUGAGAAAACACUUCAACGUGGAAUUUAGUUUCCGCCUGUGAGACACGCCGAUCGCGAUCGUAGCGAGCUACAAAGGAGAAUAUAUGUAUACACAUAUACUUACACAAACCUAGAGAAUUUCCAGUGUGCGGGUGCGCUUCUUCGUUACGAAGGAAAAACGAUUACGUAGAUUACGUAAUCGACAAUAAAAGAAGAAAGCUCGAAGAAGAAGAUAGAUCAUAUCCCGAUCAAAAUGACGAAUCGAAGACAGUGCUUUCAUCGACAAGUGCUCGGUUUGCUACUCCUUUUACAAGCAAGCAUUCGGUCCGGGCACGUGGUACACGUGGCCGAGGCAGUAGAAACUGCUCACGCGGCCGAUCCACCGCCCUCGGCAUCGGUACCCACUAGCGUCUCAGGGCCGGAUUACACCGGGCCGUCAGCCGGUGCCGACGAAUGCGAUCCAGAGAUGGUCGGCUUUGAGCUGAUUACCGGCUAUGUAUACACCGCGCCCACGAACAUGCUCGAGUCCAUACCGGGCACGUUGAUGCUCACCGACUGUCUCGAAACCUGUCAAGCGAACGAUUCUUGCCAGGCGGUCAACUACGAGACCGGUCUUUGCGUUCUAUUCAGCUCUAACGCCGACAGCAAUCCAGGUGCUCUAUCGCAAUCGCAAUUCCCAGUGUUCACGAUCUACGCUCAGAAGAGUUGUCUUGCAGUGAAGCCGUGCGAACGCGCUUGGUGCAUCGACAGAGUACAGGGCCAUCGUCUUCAGGGUCACGCGCGCAGGACUAUGAACGCGUCCUCGCGACAACAUUGUCUGGAACUCUGCCUAGGCGAAAGAGACUUCUUAUGUCGAUCUGCCAACUAUGCAAAUGCCACGAAAAGUUGCGAACUUUCGGACAUGGACCGAUUGACGGUAGCUGGUUCAAGUGCAUUUCAAACAGCGAAGGACUUCGAUUAUCUUGAAAAUCAUUGCGUCGAGGAGCCAGUAAAAUUGUGUGAAUUCAAGAAACUUAGCGGUCGUAUUCUCAAGACCGUCGAUUCGGUUUAUCAGGACGUUGGUACAUCUGAAGAGUGUCGCGAAUUGUGCUUGAAUUCGCCUUUCCGUUGCCAUUCUUAUGAUUACGGUGAUACCGGCGAUAUGGUUUGCCGUCUUAGUCAUCAUUCUAGAGCUACCCUUUCAGACAUUCAGGAACCCUAUUUGGAUGUGGCAGAAGCAUCGACAUACGAGCUGAGUUCGUGCUAUAAUGUUACAAUCGAUUGCCGAGCUGGAGAUAUGGUAACCAGAAUUCAAACUAGCAAACUCUUCUAUGGAAAAGUCUAUGCAAAGGGAUCGCCGAAUUCAUGCGUGCAGGAUGUGAAGGGAGCUCUUGAAUUCGAACUCCGAAUGGCUUACGACGAUCUCGAAUGCAACAUUAGACAGCAGGGACUUGGCCGAUAUCUGAAUGACGUUGUGAUUCAGCAUCACGACACGAUCGUGACGAGCUCUGACCUUGGCCUCGCAGUGACCUGCCAAUACGAUCUGACCAAUAAGACGGUUUCGAACGAAGUCGAUCUCGGCGUGCACGGUGACAUUACGCCAGCCUUGUCAGAAGAAGUGAUUGUCGAUUCUCCGAACGUAGCGAUGAAGAUCACCGAUCGCAGUGGGAACGAGGCGAUCCCUUCUGCCGAAGUAGGCGACCCGUUGGCUCUCAAAUUCGAGAUUCUCGAUCCCAACAGCCCCUACGAGAUUUUCGUCCGAGAACUCGUCGCUAUGGAUGGCGUCGACUCCAGCGAAAUCGUUCUGAUCGAUUCAGACGGUUGUCCUACCGAUCACGUGAUCAUGGGACCUCUUUACAAAUCCGCAACAUCCGGAAAGAUACUAUUGUCGCACUUCGACGCGUUCAAGUUUCCCAGCUCAGAAGUGGUACAGUUCCGUGCAUUGGUGACACCCUGCAUGCCAAGUUGCGAACCGGUACAGUGCGAUCAGGAAGAGGCUACGGGCGAGCUAAGAUCAGUAAUCUCCUUCGGUCGACGUCGUCGUCGUCGUUCAACCUCAUCGUCGCAAAGCCGAGAGGAUCUACUGUUGGUACAAUCAAUCCAAAUUACGGACAAGUUUGGAUUCGAACGAGAAGGGAAACCAUCGAACGGCACGUCGGCUACGCGGGACACCGUCUUCGUCGAAAGUACCGAAGACAUUAAUGGCUCAUCGAUGGGAGUUUGCAUAAAUCUUGGUGAGGCAAUUGUGGCUGGUACGGUCUUCCUCGUUGCACAAAUUGCCAUAAUCGCAGUAUGGACCUUUACCUGGCAACGGCGUCGACAAAUGUUAAAACAUCAGGAAGCCCUCUCGGUAUCGGUAUCUGUGCCAGGCAUGCACUCGCCUGGUUCAGCUCGUACCGACAGUCUCUGUAAGUUGUAUGACGCCGGUUACGCCGGACGUCGUUUCUGAAGUCGAAAGACUUACAUCGUCAUCUUUCAACCCUCUUCGAUCUACGCCCUUUCUCGCCUCUUAUCGCGUCUUGAUCAUUCGUAGUAAACUAUCCGAUAUUACCGUACAGCGAGUAAUUAACGAUGACGCACGAAGCGCGAGUCCCGACUUUUGUCACGACGAACGGACAAUUUUUAAUGCUUUUUUUUUAUCCCCCCUCUCUAUUCUCCAGUUUUACUAUACUAUCCUUUUCUCAUUUCUUUCCCGUUGGAUCACGUUUUCAUCAUCUUGAUUAGUUCUUUCUUUUUUAUCUUCUUUUUUUCUUUUUUUUUCUUUCUUUUUUUUUUUUUUUUUUUUUUUUUUAUAUCUUUUUCCCCUCUUCUUCUUUUUACAGAAUCUUUUUUAGCUCGCUUGGCACUUGUCCGUUACCUUGUACUCGGGAAUCGCGCGAAAUUCUCGGCGCAGUCUGAUUUAAUAUAGAUAUUAAGUACGACGGCUUGGACGGAUGAAGAAAAAAGAGAUUAGUAAACAGAGUGUCUGAGUGUGUAUGUCCAUGAUUCCAAGUUGUUUUCCGUCCAAGCCAUCGAUCGAUCGAGUUCUGCUAUCUUUAAUCGCGCGUCUUACGCUCGUGCAUCUUCGAUCCAAUUUGCCAAUGCUUAGACUAUCGUAAUUUUCUACGAAGGAACGAUCGAUCGAUCGAGCUUUCGAAGUGAAGAAAAAAAGAAAGAAGGGAAGAAAAUGAGAAAGAGAAGAAUGGCUGGCUGAUACUUUCACGAAGAAGUUCGAUCGGUCGUUCCAGGCUAAAGAAAGAAGAAGCACGAAGACGAAAGUAGAAAAUAUAAAAGAAAGUAGAAAAGAAGAGGAAGGGAUGGGGGUGGUGUCUGUCCUUCUUCUUCCGACAAACCGGUUGCUUCUCGUUAACCCUUCGUUCCCGAGGCAAUAUGCGCGGGCGUGGAGCCGAGGCGUGGCACGGCUCCGAAGGUGAUGGAGGUCGACGUGUAUUUGCUACGUAGGAUAGGGCACCGCACCAUGGACUCUAAUUAGCAUUGGGAAUCGAGCGUGAUUAUGCAGAUGCUCCGAGUAGGAUAUCAACGGGUGUAACGAUGGGAGGGCCAAGGAAGGCGCGAGAGAUCGGUUGGAGCAGCUCGAAACGGAAGGAGAAGCGAGAACGAGGGGGAAACAUGGUUGAGAAGGGGUGGUACGCGCGCAAAGGGGUUGGCGGAAGGUUAAUUGCCUCUUGUGGUGUCUCGAGGCUAAGCUAAGCUUGCAGGGUAGAACUUGAUAGGGUUGGAUGUACCCACAGCCGGCGAACGGAAGGGAGGUCCUACAGGAGACAGAGACGCAGGAUGAGUAGAAGGAGGAGGAGGGGGAUGGGGGUAGCUUUGGAUCACAUCGGAGAUAGCCAUCUCCUUCACGUAACCCCGAUCUCUCCCCUUUCGAACUGAACCUUAGCCACGUCCUGCAUCUCCGUCCUGCCUGGCUUAAUUUACAUCGCGACGCGUGACCUUAUCAAUCUGGAGACGACGUAUUCGUCGUCCUCUCGCUCUCAACAGUGAGAGAGAGAGAGAAAGAGAGCGAGAGAAAGAGAAAUAGAUAUCGGCAAAAUAGAAAAUAUUCCCUUAGGAACGAAGAAAAUUCUCGUAAUCAAGAUUUUGCUUGCUCGACACUGAUUCGAAUUUCGCGCGAAGACGAAGCGAUUAUAGUUCGAACGAACAUCUAGACAGAAGCUAAUAUGAAUUUCCGAGAUAGAGAGGAGAAAACAAAGUGGCUAAGCAAUCGAAAUUCAGCAUAGGCGAUGGUAGUUACGCUAGGUAAAUUUAGAUCGAUUAACCUUAUCGAAGAGACUUGGUCGAUUCUCGACGUUGCUCUCUAAGUGGUAGGGAAAUCGAAUUAAUCGAGAAAGUUGAAGAUUAGAAUACGCUAGUCAAGACAAACAGACAGGGUGAACGAUAAUAGAAAAGGACGAGAGAUAGAGAGAGAUAGACGGACAGAGAUAGAGAGAGGAAGAGAGAUGAAAAGCGGGUUGCCAUAGAGGAAUUUACCUUACAGUUACCCGAACUUUGAAUUGUUCUGCUGUUUGACGUUUGUCUACGGUGGAAACGAGGGAAGCGUGCUCGUGGUUUAUUCCCGUACGUAUGUAUCUAACCAGUGGAAUACGUGGAUAAUGACUACCUGUCCGCUACGCUCAACGUUAGGGAAAUGUAGUCUCCGUGUCCGUACCCUUUCUCUCUCUCUUUCUAUCUCUACGCGUAUUCCCAAUGUCACGGCGCGUUUAUAAAUUUCUACUUUCGUGCCGUCAGUAAUGAUUUCAAUCGCCGUGUCGACCGGAUUAUAUAUAAUUUACGAGGAAGACAGGAAGAAGCGGGGGUGGAGCACGUUGAAGAACAAGGCAAAUGGAAAAAGAAAAAGAGAGAGAGAGAGAGAGAGAGAGAGAGAGAGAGAGAGAGAGAGAGAGAGAGAGACAGAAAGAGAAAAAGACAUGAAAGUUUAAUUGGCCGUUUAAAAAAAUUACGUUAAAUCUUUUUCUCUCUUUUCAUCCAUCUACAAGAAACAAAAUUUCGUUUUUUUCUCUCUCUCUCUCUCUCUCCACUUCUCUUUCUCUCUCUUUUUUUUUUUUUUGUUAUUAUUGUCGAUGCCAAGCCACGAUUAGUUCGCUUAUUUUUUCCACUCUCUAUCUCGAUAAGAUCGCGAACUUCCUCCGUGAAAUUUGACUUGCUUGAUUUUUCGCUCACGAGAAGGUGCUCUUUAUUUCAUUCCACAAUUUUUUCCGCCGGCCCUUCUACGCUUAUUCAUCUUUUUGCUUUUUUUUUUUUUUCUUUUAACAACAAUAACAAAAUAGUAUAUAUAUAUAUAUAUAUAUAUAUAUAUAUAUAUAUAAAUAUACAUUUGCAUAUACUAUACUAUAGUACGAUACACAAAUAAAUACCGACUGAUGGUGCCUAAUGAGUUUUAUAUAUAUAUAUAUAUUUUUUUUUUUUCUUUCUUUCUUUUUAAUCGCGAGCGUCAAAGCUCGAAAAAGAGCGCUUUCAAUUACGAUAACUAUAAGUAUUUUUCGCUAACGCAAGAUGGUAGUAUAUUCAAUCUGCUUUGUGGUGAGAGGGUAGAGUCAAUUUUUCUCUUUUUUUUUUUUUUUUAAAUAUCUGUUCGUCGAUAAUAAACGAACCUAAUAUCUCAAUAGUAUCGCGAAACGCGUGCCCAGCCAUCGCGUUUUUUGUUAGAAACGUAAUCGCACGGUGCACUUUUGCCGGUGUACGAUCAGACGCGAGAACAUUAUCCCUUCGUUUCUAAUCAUUGCCUGCUUCUUUUCGAUAUUGGAAAAGAAAAAAAGAAAGAAAGGUCGAUCGAUCGAUUUAAUUCAUGAGAGAAAGAGAGAGAGAGAGAGAGAGAGAGAGAGAGAGAGAGAGAGAGAACGAAGUACAAUAAUAAUUUCUCGCGUCUAAGUCGUACGCGUAAGCAAGUAGCAAUAUAUGAGUAAGUAAAUAGUGGUAAAAGAAAAUAAUAAUGCAAAAAAAGAAAAAGAAAAAAAAAAGAACGAAGGUGGAAAUCACAGGUACGAGCACUUUCCAUCGACUUGAUUGAACGAGAAAACGCGCGCAAUCGAGAAUAGAAAGAGCGAGGAAACGCGCAACGUUUGAUUCAACUCAUUGGAAACUGCCGAUAUUCCGUCGACUCUAAGAUUUCUUUUUAACUAACUAACUAAUUUUACUACUUUAUCCCCCCUCCCAAUUUUAUUUUUUUUUUUAACGUCGUAUACGAUGGGAGUUAAACGUGCAAGCAAUGAUAUAUCGAUUAACUAUUACUACGUUUAAUAUUAUCGCAUAAGUCUUUUUUUCUUUUUUUAUUAUUUUUUUUUUUUUCUUUUUUUUAUUUUAUAAAGAGAGGAAAGCGUCGAGGACGAUAAUUAUGAUUAUAAUAUAAUAAUAUUAAUAAUAUUAAUAAUAUUAAUAAUAAUAAUAAUAAUAAUGAUAAUAAUAAUAAUGAUGAUAAUAAUAAUAUUGAUAAUGAUGAUAAUGAUAAUGGUUGUAAUAAUAUUGGGCUCGAGGACGACCGCUCGAAAAAUUCGACGACGAUUCAGCGCUCCAGGAAAUUUUCCUCCGGACCUUUCCCUUGUUUACGUAAAUACAUACGUACGUUAUGUCUCUUUCUCUCCGUACACGAAACAUACGUAGAGAGAGAGAGAAAAGGGUAGUGCCGCGCGAAAUAGUCGACGUUGGCGUUGUCACCUUCCGCUUAUACGAAUAUAUUUCCCAGCCGCACUCUCUCCCUUUCUUCAUUUUACUCUUUCCUUUUUUCCGAGAGACCAAUGUGCACAAACCUAAGCUAUUCACGACUUAACAAACAUUACGUUUGUUUUCCAUCACUCGCUACUUCACUCCCUCUUUCUCACUUGUCUAUCAUUUUCUAUUUUUACCUUCUUACCCUUCCUUAUUACCCCUCAUGAGUAUUCGCAAACGUAAAGACGUAAGUGCUUGUCCUCGAGCCUGAGGUGCGCGACUAUGCUUCGUCAUAAUGGAAAGAAAAGAAAAAAAGUGUGGUAAAGCUCGAGAAGUUCGAGUCUGUUCUGUACCUUGACAAGAUAUGCCUUUCUCUCUCUUUCUCUCUCUCUCUCUCUCUCUCUCUCCUUCUUUUCAUACGAAUAUAUAUAUAUAUAUAUAUAUAUAUAUAUAUAUAUCCUCUCUCCUCCUCCUUCUGUUUUUCCAGCUUCAUCGCAUCAUGCCGAUUGGGAUGAUCGUUAAACGAUUAUCCCCUCGAGCGUCCCUUUUUUCAUAAUCAUUACGAAUCCCAGAUAAUUCUUUUCCAGCUUUCAGCAUCGAUUCCGGAUUCGUAUGGGCCUUGACACGGUCCAUUUCCGAGCCGAAUCGAAACGUUUUAAUCGCUUAUAAUUCCGUCACGUACAGAGCUUACCCGACGAUCGAGCCUUCGUACAUUAUUAUCGGCGCACCGGGCGUAAUCGCUUAUUUAUUUUACUACGUUAACGUAAUAAUCUUGCUAUAUCGGAAAUGAUAUAAAAGCAACGAAUAAAAAAAAAAGAAGAACAAGCGACGCGAGCAUCGAAUAAGAGAAGCACUUCGUAUAUAUGCACUCCUGUCACGACCAUUUCUCUUCGCAUUUAUUUUAUUUUAUUUUUUUUUUUCUUUUUUUUCUUUUUCUUUACAUGUCCUUCGUAUUACAUUUGUUCGUAUUUUUAAAUAAUAAUAAUAAUAAUAAUAAUGAUGAUAAUAAUAAUAAUAAUAAUAAUAAUAAUAAUAAUAAUAAUAAUCAUGAUAAAAAUCCAUUUAAAAAGAGCGAAAUAAAUCAAUUGAUUCGUCGACAGGUAAUAUACGAAUGCGUAUGCUUCGUUCGCCACUUCUUUUUUUCUUUUUUAUCUUCUUCUCACUCUACUUUUUUUUUUUUUUAUACUAUCGACACGUAUCCUUGAUCGCCGAGAAAGGCCGGCGUCAUACAUUGUCAGUACCGUAACAAUAAACGUUGUACAUAGCAUAUAUGGUACAGAGAAAAUAAAGCCCAUUUUAUAACGAA